CAAGUCAAAUGUAUAUUAAUAGUUUGCAUUUUAUAAAGUUGAACAAUGGUUAAACACGAAAACGAAACAAUUUAUAAUUUCCCCUGAUUUUGCAGAUAACAAGCAAAAAUGGUGUUCGAAUCGUAUGUUGUCAGCAUUUUAAACAAAUUCCUUGGGCAAUAUGUGGAAAACCUCGACCCUUCACAAUUUCAAAUGUCGAUAUGGGGAGGUGAUGUUAAAUUGGAGAAUUUGGUUUUAAAAGAAAAUGCGCUGGAUGAACUUGAUCUGCCAGUUAAAGUGCUCAGAGGUCACUUAGGUCAACUUAUAUUAAAAAUUCCAUGGAAAAAUCUCUAUUCUGAACCUGUUGUCGCAAAAGUUGACGAAGUUUAUCUUCUAGCAAGACCAAACACAGAUAUAAAGUACAAUGCAGAAAAGGAGGAGAAAAUUUUACAGGAGAAGAAACAGCAAGAAUUGACUGCAAUUGAAGAGGCGAUAAAAUACGCGGAAGAAGCUAAAAAUAAGAGUGAUGAAGACAAGGAAAAAAGUUUGAGUUUUGCCGAGAAAUUAGCUAUGCAUAUUGUGAAAAAUAUUCAGGUGUUUGUGAGCAAUAUCCACAUCAGAUAUGAAGACCCUUUGUCAAAUGAAGAUGGUCCCUUCUCUGUUGGUAUAACUUUGGAAAACCUUUCUGCUGAGUCAGUUGAUGAUAAUUGGCAGCCUGUGGUUAUUGACUCAAAGCAGAGCUUGGUUAACAAGCUUGCGAGACUUGACAACUUGGCUUUCUAUUUAAACUCUCAUGACAAGAUUGGUGAAUUGCCAACAUCUGCUGACUGGGUGAAUAUUGCAAAGGCUGGAAUUGCUAGAGGAGAAUUUGGAGACAAUCGUCCGGACAAUUACAAUUAUGUAAUUAAACCUUUGACAUUAAAGACAAAAGCAGUUCUUGAUACAAAUUCUGUUCCAAAUCUUAGCAUUCCAAAGGUCUUUGUUGAGAUCAUUAUGGAGGAGCUGGGCUUAGUCCUUUCACGACAUCAGUUCAAAGAUAUUGUGAGACUGGCUGAUAACUUUGAUAGAAUGAAAACUAACAGCCAAUACCGAAAAUACAAACCGUUCGUUCCUUUGGCUGGAAAUUCAAAGGCCUGGUGGAACUACGCCAUACAUGCUGUGUUGGAGGAAGAAGUGAAAAGACGUUCAAGAAAUUGGUCUUGGCAACAUAUUGUGAACCACAGGAUGACAUGCCACAAAUACAUGAAACUGUACAAAGAAAAGCUCUCACAUAAGAAGGUUUCAGAUAAAGUCGAGAAAGAAAUAAAGCAAUAUGAAGAGAUUCUGGAUGUUCUGAAUAUAACUAUUUGGCGGAAGCAGGCAGAGAUUGAGACGAAGAAAGAAGGAACGAAUUACGAGUUGAACGAGAAACGAAAGAAAAGCGAAGGUGGUUGGUUCUCGGGAUUUUUUGGAAAGAAAUCCAAGGAAUCCACUCAAGGAUUGUCCAAGGAAGAAGAAGCAGCUGAAGAACAAAAGUUGUACGCAGCAAUUGGAUACAGUGAGAGUGAUGCUCCAGUUAAACUUCCUGCAGAGUAUGUUGCAUAUAGGUUGAAGUUUGGGCAAAAACGAAUAGCUAUUGAAAUGCGAGAUGAUUCAGUUGAGCCUGCAUGCAGUGUGUCCAGUGUUGCCUUGGAGGAUCUGUUUAUGGAACUUGGUUACAGGCCUGGGGCCCAGGCUGUAAGCGUGGUGACCAAACUGGGCAAUCUGAAUGUUCUUGGUUGCCCUUUGGAAAAUCAAAGCCCUCCAGACAUAAUAAGAUCAGUUGCUGGCGAUACAGAUAUUGCAGACUAUGUUAACGCCUCGUUUGAAACUAAUCCACUGGAUGGAAAAUGUGAUCAAAGACUCAAACUGGCUGUUCAACCAUUGGAGGUCAUUUAUCACGCGAAUACGGUUGAAAAUCUCAUGAAUUUCUUUAAACUUCCCGAAGAUGUUCAAUUAUCAGAGAUCUCUGCUGCGGCAUAUUCUCAAAUUGAUGGACUUCGAAAUCAGUCGAGAACAAAUCUUUCUUACGCUAUUGAAACACGCACGCUCCUUGAUGUCGAUAUUUUGAUUCAUUCUCCAUUUGUUAUUGUCCCGCAAAACGGAAUUUUAACCGAGAAUUGUUCAAUGCUUGUUAUUGAUCUUGGAUGCUUGAAAGUGAGCAGUGAUCCAUCUCAAGAACGAAUUACAAACACAAAAUUGAUGAGCCCCGAGGAACUGGAAGAAAAAGUGUACGAUCGUUUUAAUAUUGAAAUGAAGCAACUGCAGAUCUUGAUGGCAAAACCAGGUGAAGAUUGGAAGGAAUGUCGUAACGAAGAAAACUCCUCACUUCAUAUAUUGAAACCAUUUGGACUUGACAUUCAACUUUCCAAGUGCCUCGCUGCUGAUGACGUCAGACUAACACAGAUCCGUCUUGCUGGUGUUCUUUCCAGUCUACAGCUUCAUGUCACGGAUAAAAGACUGGACAAUUUGAUGAAGCUUGCGUUGUCAAUCCCAAUACCUGGUGAAACGGACACUAGUUUAGACGUAAAGAAGUCACAGUCUUUUCAACGUGAGGUAAAGACAGCAGCACAAGUAUCUGCCUUGGAUGUUGUGGUAGAGAAAGAGACAGAAACGUCAGACGAGCUUUUCGAAACUCCACCUGAAAGCCCAGAAAACAGCAGCAUUGAAUUACCUGCAGGCCCUGACAAGGUGUCGAAUAAUGACAAGGAACUGAUGAAAUUAGCAAAAGCAGAACAGACUAACGUUGCUGUGAAGUUUGAAAUUCUUCAGAUUAACAUAACAAUAUCAAAACAAGAUCAAUUCGGUAUUGAAACGCCGCAACUUGAAGUAGACCUUCUAAAACUUGGUACCCAGGUCUUUGUGCGUCAAUAUGAUCUAACGGUCAUGGCGAAUAUUGGUGAUAUUCUGGUUAAAGAAAUGAUUCAUGGAAUUGGUGGAGCUCCAUUAGAGCUGGUCAGCACUCCUGCAGAUCUUGAUAUACUUGCUGUGAAGUUCAUCCAGGCGGAUCAAAAUCACCCCAAAUUCAAAGAAGCGUUUAACUCUACAGAGAAAGCCAUUGAUGUACAGUUAGCUUCACUGAAAGUCAUUUUACAUCAAGAAGCUUUGUUAAAUAUAAUGGAAUUUGCAAACAAUCUAUUACCAGCAAGCGAAGAAACAAUUGUAACUGAGAAACAAGAAGAGCUUGCAGCAGUUGUCACUGAUGAAGAUAAAACAGACGAUGAUAAAACAGCUUUAGCAAAGAAGAGCGUUCAAGAUGAAGUGAUCGAAGUCAGAGUGGAUGCACGAUUAGGGGAGUUCACUGCUGUUAUAACCUCAAUGAAUGGAGAUCUCGCUGAACUGCAAAUGAAACAACUUGAGGCUGGUGUAUCAAUGUUACCAGACAGGAUCACUGUCUUAGCAAGAAUGCAAGAUUUCUCAGUUGUGGAUGGCUUAGCGAACGCUCUUUAUCCUAAGAUCGUUUCAAUUGUCAAUGAAGAGGUCUUUCAUGUGGAGUUGGUGAUAUAUAACGGUGCUACAGAAGGACAGAAUUAUGGCAACAUGGAGAAAGUUGACACAAAGUUUCUCAUGAAUGUUGGCCGAAUUAAAGUGAUAUUUCUGAACCGCUUUGUCAACAAUUUAUUGGAAUUUAUAAGCAAUUUCCAACGUGCCCAAGAAGCAAUUCAAAAUGCUGGUAAAACAGCAGCACAGAGUGCAACACAGUCUUUACAAGAGUAUAACAAGAAUAGUCCACGUGUUAAGCUGGACGUUUCUAUCCAAGCCCCCCUGGUUAUUAUUCCAGUCAACAGUCAGUCUGACCGCGCUCUGGUUGCUAAUCUUGGCAACUUGGAGGUGCACAACAAUUUCAAGGUCGUUCACGGAGGGGAGGGACAAGAUAUUGCUGUCGUUGAUAAUAUGGCUGUGUCCUUCACCUCGCUUCAAGUUUCUGUCGCAAUCAUAUCAAAAGAUGAAACAAUUGUCGCUCAAAGAUUUAUCUUAAAACCCAUCAGCCUGGAGUUGUCGCUCGCCCGAAGUCUUUCCUCGUGGUAUCACGACAUUCCCGAUGUUGACAUCGCUGGCCAACUGCACGCUGUCAAUAUUGACAUUGGUACAGAUGACAUUAAGACUGCUCUGGCAAUUACAUCUCAAAAUUUAACUGAAGGAGCAACAAUAAGCAGCGACGCUGAAGACGAGAAAUACUCCAGCACAGAAUCAUCUUUGGCAGUUUUAGAAACUCCAGAUGAAGAAGUAAGCGAAGUUGUGGAUGAAAACAAGACUUGGGUAGCGGUCAAAUUUAUGUUCAGUGUUGAGACAGUGGCAGCAAGGAUAUAUAAAAAUGUUAAGGAACUGGAUGCGAAUGACAAAGAAACCUGGGAUCAUCCGGCUGAUUAUUGUCUUGGUUAUUUUUCAUUGGACAACUUUAAAGUCGCUGGGUCUUUACUUGCUAAUGGUGCAAUGGACGCCUCGGUUGUUUUACAGACAAUCCGGUUGGAUGACAAAAGACCCGCUUUGGAGAAAGGAAUUACAACUAUGAUAGAAAGGCGUACAGAUGAAAAGAUGUCGCUUUCAGAUACGUCAAACAUGAUCGAUCUGCAGUUUGUACAAAGUAAAGGAUUGGACAAGCAAAUCACCAUACUCGUGAAAGGGACGUCAGUCAUUGUCAAUGUCGAGUUUUUAUUGGUUCUCUCGACCGUCUUCACAGAAGCAUUUGACGAAGCUCCUGCAAAAGAGUCUGAAAGCACAGCUGAAGUUCUCGCUGAGGCUAGAAUGAAAUCAACUGAUCUCGCAAGUUCAUCUACUGCUGUACCAACGGCUGUUAAUCAGAGUCCAGCUCUCCAACUGACUAUAAAGGUUGAAGAACCAGAGAUAUUUCUGCUGGCUGAUGCUAAGCAAAAGAGUACAAAUGCUUUAGUUGUCAAGAGUACCCUGGAUUUGAGUUUAACGAUACGAGAUGAGCGAAUGUUUUUGCAAACUUACAUACAGAAUCUUCAUAUUGUGACUGCAUCGUUUGAGAAAAGUCGCAGAGAAAUCUCACAAGCUGACGUUCUCAGAGUGAAGCAAAUCGGUCUUCAUUUAUCGUCUAUGAUUGGUGGCCGACCCCAUAUUGAUCUGAACACAACUGUAGCCUAUCUUAAUGUCUCGCCUGCUUUCGUUGGCAUAGCAACAGCGGUGGCGUCAUCACUUGGCCCGUCCAAGGACGAAGAAUCAGAAAAGAAUAACGAAGAUGUUCCUGAUUUGUUCAAGCCAGAUGACAUUGCAGAUUCUAAUAAUUGGUAUCUUAAAGAAGUUACCAGAGGUCAGCUCGUACCAGGCAGUAGAAUUUUCGCUCGAGCCAAAGAUCUUAAAAGCUACGCCCCAGGGUUGAUCACAGACGUUGACCAAAGAAUAAAAGCUGUUUUGGAUGAUGGGAGCAACUGGUCAUGUGAUAUAAAUGAUGUCGCAGGCGUGGUCCUGGACGAAAUACCGCUGGUUAAGGAGAUUACUGUCGGUACGAAAGUCAUAUCUUUGGUUAAAGAGGGAGAGCCAAUGCAGGCAGGUAUAGUUAUAAAGCUGAUGGAGAGUUCUGAUACUGAAAACCCAAAUGUUUUGGUGAGAUUCUCACAGCAACAAGAGGAAGUCAAGCCUUUCGAAUAUAUCCGUCUUUUGCGAAGUGUAAAAUAUGGAGCCUCUCCUAACAAACCUGUCAUCUCAUCCGCCGUGUGGGCCCGCCUUCCUGACAACGAGCAUUAUGGUCAAGGUUUUAUCGCCAAGAAAGACUGGCGUUAUCAAGUCAAGUUUGCCAACGGUACUCAUAUUUACCAUUUUCUCAACGAUCCUUUGGCCAUAGUCCUCGACCGUUCACCACGCCCUGAACACGUGAUGGUAGGAAGUGACGUUGUAGCUCCGAUUCCCAACAAACCAUUGAUGUAUCCAGGCCGGGUUAAGAAAAUUUCAGUCAGUGGCUAUGAGAUACAAUUCGAUAAUGGCGCCGUACAUGAGUUGUCCAUUCAUGAUUUGAAGUUGAUGAAAGUGCCGAAAAAGGAAGGCAACCGUCUUACAGUGAGAACAUUGCUCUGGAUCAAAUACUCGGAUAAUUUUUACUACCGUGGUUAUAUUGAUGGUAUUGAUAACAAGAUUUACGUCAGGUUUUAUGAACACGAGGAAAGAUGUUCGUUUCCUUUAAAUGACCAAACUGGGCUGAUACGAGAUGUCAUCCCUAGAGAGGUUUUGAUUGGUGAAAAUGUGUUGGUAUUGAAAGGUACUUAUGGCAUGAAAGGCGUUGUGACGAAGGUGGAGUCCAGAGAGUCAGAUCCUGUGUAUUUGGUUGAAGCAGCUGGUAACGAGAUGUGGGUCCCUCUCAAAGAUGUUCGCCGUUUUGAUAAAACCGCUGGCCAGAAAGGUGUGUCUCGCGAUCUUCAGAAUGAAGUAGAGAGUGUCUCUGAUAAUAGAGAAGAGCAGUUGAUCAUGAAUGUUGAUGGUUUUGUGUUUAACAUCGAGGCAGAGAAAGGCGGAAAUUUGAUAAGUUUGUUGAACCUACGAGGAAAUCUUAGCGCUGAAGUGAAAAAUUGGCAGGAAAAGUUGAAUGGCAAAGCAGAACUUAAACUGGAAGCCAACUAUUUCAAUGAAGAAUUAUCAGAAUGGGAACCAUUGAUCGAGAAAUUGGAAACAAAAGAAAGUUUUAAAUCAUGGGAACUUUCUGUUGGGUUCAAGAUGAACCAAGAUAGCACAGAUUCAAUGGAUGAUUCAGGCGCGCAAAUGAUCGUGUCUGUUGAGUCAUCUGAUGUUCUUCAGCUAACGAUCACUAAGACAAACUUGGAUGUAUUUACUGAACUCGGAAAGUCGUUUAGUGAAGCUGUAACAGAAAGUAUCGGUGGGACAUCGUUGUCUUUAGAAAAAACUGCUCCAUAUGAGAUAAAGAAUGAACUCGGUAUCGACGUUUGUAUUCGACCUGGAAAAGAUUUCAAGGCUCCGCCAAAUUUGAAGGCUGACGCCGUACUGGUGCGCUCUGGGGAAUCUCUUUGGUUAGAUUUUGCUGAGCAUUUGAGAUUGACAAGUGCAAGCAGUAAUGUGGCGUCGAUUAAAAUUGCGGUUCAGGUCGAUGGUUAUCAUGAACUAAAAGAUAUAUCUGUAAAAGAAGCAAGUUGUGCGUUCUACAAUAUCAUUCCAAAAAAGCUACAUCAACAAGGUUUCCGCUCAAUUGUAGUUCAAGUUACUUCUCCAGAUGGAAGAAAAUUGGUUGUUUUACGAUCACCUUUCAGAAUGAAAAAUCAUUGUCCAGUUCCGCUUGAGGUUUUUGUUCAAAGGCAAAAUCCUGAGUUGAUGGCAACCUUAAAUGAAGAUGAUUACCUCAGCAUACCGCUGACAAUAGCGAACGAUGACCUUGGAUAUUUCAUCAAACCUGGAGGCUUUCCUUAUGAGAGAAAUGUUGAAGAAAUUCGUUUAAGUCAAGUGUCAAAGAAUGGAAAGAAACUGUACGUGUGUGCAGCCCCCUGGCCUGAUGCUGACCCUUUCUAUGUCCAGACCCGAUGUCAAAGUGAGCGUUAUACAAAUGAAUUCGGAUCAAGAUCCAACCAGCCAUGUUAUACCUUGCAUUAUUAUCCUCCAGUUGUUUUAAUGAAUUAUCUGCCAUUUCCAGUUCAAUUUAAACAAGAGGGUCUUCAAGAGGCUGUCAGGUUGGAAGGUGGAAACAAACUACCAAUUUACACAGUUGAUAUUGACACGAAACCUGUACUUAAUAUAAAGCUGGAAUCUUACCUUGGUGAGACAUACACUGGUCAACUCAGAAUACGAAGUGAUCUUGCACAAUUGUCUGUUCUUUAUCUCAUUUCUGGCAGUAAAAAAUUGGUGGUUGGUGUAUAUGUUAAAAAAGGUGGCUCCCUUGAAAUCACGCUCUAUGCUAGCUAUUGGCUUAUAAAUCACACUGGACUCCCCUUGGAGUAUAAGGCCUCUGACGAUUCUGAUGUGAUAAUCAAACACCCUGCGAAGGAAAGUGAUGUCGCAAUUUUUGCAUUCACAUCGAAACCUGAAAUGUUUUCUAAAAAUACGCUCAAACUUCGUACCAGUGGAUCAGAUUGGUCAGAUAAGUUUUCUCUGGACACAGCUGGUAGUGGUGGUUCUUUAAAGUGCAAGACGAAGGAUGGUAAAGAAUAUGGGAUUGGCUCAGAGAUUCGGCUGUCUUACUUCAGUCUAACCAAAAUUGUGGUUUUUACACCAUUAAAUCUACUGGUCAACCAAACUAAGCAUUCCAUUUCUCUGUGCGAAGCAGAAGGAGUCUGGUACACUGUCAAAUCAGGCGAGACAAUCCCAUUCUGGCCGAACAAAACUCCAGCGAAGAAAUUGAAAAUCAAGACAGACGAUUCUCCAGUUGAAUCUAUCUUAUUUGACUUUCAAUCAAAUGUCAAUCAUCUCUUACGACUUGAUAACGAGGUGGGUGGUGUAUGUGUGACAAUGUUUAGUAAAGAUGCAGCAACAGUUAUGACCUUCACGCCAUACUUUGAAGGAGCAGCUCCGCUUAGGAUUGAUAACGACACCUCGUUUGAAAUCUGCUACCGACAGUUGAAUAACGAUAAAGUACACGUUCUACAACAGAAGAAGACAAUAGUGUUUGCUUGGGACAAUCUGCAGGGUAAACGUGAAGUUGAGUGGUUUAUCUUGGUACAUGAUAAGUUUUCUGCAAAAAGCAAUUUUGGAAAGAAUGAAAUGGGAAUACUUGGUGAAAAAGAUAAACCGCUGUGUUACUGGGCGAGUUUUUUAGAUGGUCUUCAGCGCGUGUUGUAUUUUACUGAGAGUCACACCAUGGCUUUUAGAGCUCGCCAAGAUCAGUUGGAAGUCCCCAGCCAAGAAAUUACUUUAUCACUGAGAGAAAUUGGAUUGUCACUCGUUAACAAUAAGAAAAGUAUCGAGCUGGCUUAUCUUAGCAUUAAACCGAGUGAUGUUCUGUGGGAGGAACAGAAGAGAAGACGCCGUUGGAAAACUAUGACAAGAAAAACUUGCUAUUCUUUGGAAAAUGCGUAUAAAAUAGUACAAGAUGAGAUUACAAGGGGAGAAACACCUGUGUAUAGAAAGAAAGUGGACAAUAUGACGGUUGAUUUUGAAACUAUGGAAAUAAUAGAACCUGACCGUCGUAAAAUAAGAAGGACAUUUCAUCCGGGAGUUUGGGUGCAAUUCAACCAAUCCGCGCACGAGAUUCAACUUCAUUCAAAGAUUAACGAUGUUCAGAUGGACAGCCAAGUUUCUGGAUCAACAUUCCAAACACUUUUCCACUCCAUUCCUCCUCCGAAAACCGUCGCAGCAAGUAAUGCACCAAAACCAAUGAUUGAAGCCAGUAUAAUAACGAGAAAGGAAGAAAAUGCCAUUGUCAGUCGAAUUAAGUAUUUCAAAGUUUUAGUGCAAGAAUUGGACGUUAAGAUGGACAAAGGAUGGUUACUGGAACUCGUGGCGUUGUUUGGCACCGAAAAUCAAGCUUUAGAUGAAACAAAUUACGAGGAAGACAAGAAAGUGAUAACAACUUCGUUACAGUCGUUAAAUGCUGCUGUUGUUGAUGUCCGCAAUUACUAUGAUUACUUUCAUCUUUCACCUCUCAAGGUCCAUGUGAGUUUCUCAGUUCAAGGUGGAUCUGGUACACAGACAAUCGUUGGUGGAAAUGUUGUUGAUUUAUUGUUAAACAGUCUUGGAGUUGCUGUUGUUGACGUUCAGGACGUUGUUUUAAAGCUUGCAUAUUUUGAGUUGAAAAAUCAAAUCUACAGUCAAUCGCAACUUAUUCAAGUUGCCACUAACCACUACACAAGUCAAGCGAUCAAGCAAGCUUAUGUUCUUGUACUUGGUUUGGAUGUUUUGGGCAAUCCAUUUGGUUUGAUAUCCGGUAUAACAACUGGUGCCAAGGAUCUUUUCUACGAACCCUACCAGGGCUUGAUACAAGGACCUGAAGAAUUUGCUGAGGGAUUAGCUCUGGGAGUGAAGAGUUUAGUGGGCCAUACUAUAGGUGGAGCCGCUGGAGCUGUGUCUCGUAUCACAGGAACUCUGGGUAAAGGAAUCGCUGCACUUACAAUGGACGAUGAAUAUCAGGAAAGUAGAAGAACAGCCAUGAGUAAGAAACCAACCAGUGUUAAAGAAGGAUUGAGUCGUGGUGGUAAAGGUCUACUAGAGGGUGUAUUUGAAGGUGUUACAGGUGUGGUGACAAAGCCCAUGGAAGGAGCAAAAAAGUCAGGUGCAAAGGGAUUCUUCAAAGGAAUGGGAAAAGGUCUCGUUGGUGUCGUCGCUAAGCCGGUCAGCGGUGUUGUUGACUUCGCCAGCAGCACGUUUGAGGGGAUAAAAGGAACGGCAUCUGGUGAUCGUGAAAUCAAACGUGUCCGUCCUCCUCGUCGAUUCUACCGUGAUAAGAUCAUGCGGCCUUACAAUCGCUACGAAGCUGAUGGUGUAGAAUUAUUCAAGACGUACGCAAAAGGAAAAGAAACAUUGGCAUCGGAUACCUACGUUUGUCAUUACUACUUUCCAAGUAAUAUGGCAAUCAUGAUUACAAGCAAACAUGUUCUAAUAAUGAGAAAAGAGACGGUCAUUAAGAACGAGUGGGAGAAUUCUUGGUUUUGUAAAAUUAAAGAUUUGCAAGGUGAUCCUAAAGUGAAUGGAGGAAAAAUUACUUUUAGUAUUCCGGAGCACGGCAAGAUGUUUAAGAAAGCAGGAACAAAGGUUGUUGAUCUGAAAUCUAAACACUUUGCAGAGUGGAUUGCAAAGAAAACCAUUGAAGCUCGGGGCUUGCUAAAAUAAAACAUUUUUAUUUAAUUUUGAUGAAGCGACUCCUCAUUUUGUAGCAGUAUAGAUAUAGCAUUCGUUGUGAUUAGAAACAAAAGUAGAUUCAUUAUUUUGAAUGCAUGUCAUCCAGUAAAUUGGUAUAUUUCAACAGUUUGUAUGACGAAAUCUUACAUAAACCCAGAUUAAACUAUCAUACACGGACGAGAUGCGACGUCUCCACUGUUAGUUAUUUUUCAUUGUAGGGAAAUAUAACGAAAUUUAAAUCGCCUUUCGUGCUUCGGAUCCCUGCGCGAAUUCGCUCUUAUGCAUA